UUCAGUAGGCUCUUUGCAUUAGUGACAAGAUGUCUACCAGGAAACGUCGUGUGGCUGAUGCUCCUGCAGCUGAAAAGGAGGAUGAAGGAAAUAUGUCUGAUACUCCUUACGAGUUACUUGGAGCAACAUCUGCAAUGAUUGAUCCACCUCCUAAAAGACCUAGAGGUCGCCCACCUAAGCCCAAAUCUACUUCAGUCAGUUCAUUAAAGAAGAAAACCGAAGAGCCAAAACCAGUAGGUCGACCUAAGAAGGCUCCUAAAAGACCAGGUAGACCGCCGAAGCCAGCAAAGCCUGUCAAUGUUGAAGAAGGUGGCUCUGAUGCUGCUGCUGAUAUAAACAACGAGUUGCAUGCUCAGAUUUAUGCCCUAAAUUCCAAGCUUCAGGUUGCUGAUUCGAAGGUUGCAGAGUUACUGAUGCAGUCAGAAACACGGGAAGAAGUGAUUCGCAACUUAGAAGAAGAGCUUAGCGAGACAGAGAAAAUACGUAAAAAGCUUCAUAAUGAAAUAAUGUUGCUUAAAGGCAAAGUACGUGUUUAUUGUCGAGUACGACCUUUUAUACCUGAUAACCGUCUAGAUAACAGAAUGAGUACGAUAACAUACCCUAAAUCAAUGGAGUUUAAAGGCUGCAGCCUCGAGUUAAUGCAUAAGGAUCAGAAGUGUAGGUUUAAGUUUGAUAAGGUAUUUAGCGAGGAGGCAUCCCAAGAAGAUGUAUUCGUAGAGGUUUCGCCAUUGAUACAGAGUGCACUUGAUGGCGAUAAGAUUUGUGUUUUUGCCUAUGGUCAGACUGCGUCUGGCAAGACUUACACAAUGAUGGGUAGGGCAGAACCUGGAAAAGACAGAGGAUUGAUACCUCGUUCAUUGGAGCAGAUAUUUAAAUGUAGCCACGAACUUGAAUCCAAGGGAUGGGUCUAUACAAUAAAGCUGUCCAUUCUAGAACUACAUUUGAAGACAAUAAGAGAUUUGCUAGUACCACUGCCUGCUAGAGCAAGGCGGAAGAGCCGCUCCGAUGCAGAUAAAUGCUGCACAAUACAUGAAGACAGAGAUGGGAAUUAUCAUGUUUCCAACCUGACUGUUGUCGAAAUUUCUGGUCUUGAAGAUGGUCUUGAAGAUGUUCUGGAUUCCCAUCUCUGUCUUCAUGUAUUGUGCAGCAUUUAUCUGCAUCGGAGCGGCUCUUCCGCCUUGCUCUAGCAGGCAGUGGUACUAGCAAAUCUCUUAUUGUCUUCAAAUGUAGUUCUAGAAUGGACAGCUUCAAAACAGAACAAAAUAACAUCAUAUACACCAGCAAUUCCGAAUUCAAAUAAAGACAUACAAAAACGAAAUAUUCAUAGAACAAUUCAAAGAAACUAAAAAAAUUAAUGUAAAAAAAAUGGACAGAUGAAUGACU